AUGGGAGCCGGCAACGUUCACCAAACGGUCGUCGAUCAAAAGAGAUUUGAACCACAGCGACGAUCAAUGGUAAGUAAACGAUCUGUCGUCGACGAGAUUGACGAAGAUCUACUGACAUGUUCUGUUUGCUUGGAACGUUACAAGAAUCCACAGAUUUUACCAUGUUACCAUUCCUUCUGUGAGCAGUGUUUGGUGAAGUUGAAGGGACCACGUGACACGAUUAAAUGCCCCAACUGCAGACAACUUCAUUACGUGAGUAAUAUGCAACAACUUUCACCAAGUACGAUAAUUAAUUCUGUCAUAGACAUUAUUAAAGAACACGAAAUACAGCGAUGUCAUGGAACGUGCCAUGGUUGUGAAGAAAACUCAUCAACAAACAGGUGUGUAGACUGUGCUAUGGAUUUGUGUACAACGUGCACCAACGCUCACAGAAAAAUGCCAGUUAGUCAACAUCAUCGUAUUAUGAAUAUCGAGGAGUUGAAAAAGGCCAAAUUAAAUGACAAAUCGAUAGUCUUUCCUGCAGUUUACUGCACUUCUCAUCAAGACAAACUUAUUGAACUUUACUGUGAGAAAUGCCAAAUACCAAUCUGUCAUUUAUGUUUGAGGUCAAAUCACAAAGGUCAUACAGUGAUUGACUUACAGGGGGCUGCAGAUAGAUUCUGUAAGAUGGCAUCAGAUCACAUACAACUCUUGAAAGCAAAACAAAGUGAAGUAAAACAAAGUAAAAUAAGUGCCACAAAACAAUCAGAAGAAUCAACAAAACAACAUUUGCAUCGAAAACAACAAAUAACGAAACAUUCACAAGAAACUAUUGAGAAAUUAACAAAAAUAAUAAAACAGGAAGAAAACAGUCACAUGACUAAAUUAAAAACUGAUUAUGACAAAAUGAAUGAAGAGAUUAACAGACAAAUCCACCAGUAUGAAACAACUGAGGAACUACUGACAAGUACAAUAACGUUUAUAAACAAUUUAUUACAAUAUAGCAGUGCUGCACAGCUGAUGAAAACUAGUAAAGAAACAACAAAUCAACUGGAAACUAUGAUGUCACUUGAUACAACAUGGAAUGAUAAAAAUAAUUCACUUCCACAGUUUUAUCCUGGUGACAUCACACUGCAAGGCAUGCUGGGAACAUUUCAGUCUAUGGAGGUAGAUUCUGUCUCAUAUUCAUAUCAGCAAACACGAGAACCAUCACAUGUUAUAAAUGCACCAAUGAAAUUAGAGAAAACCAUAGAAGGCACAGAACCAGGGAUGUUUGAUUACCCACUUGGAGUGAGGAUCAAUACAUGUGGUGAUAUUGUGGUUGCUGAUCAUGAGAAUAAAAGAGUUCAGAUUAUAGAUAUAUAUGGCACACCAAAGUCACAGUUACAAUUUACAGGAUAUAGUAAACCAGUCAGACCCAUAGAUGUAGCAGUAUCAGUAGAUAAUACAUACUUCAUUACAGAUGGGAUAUGGGAAGGAAAUGAAGGAAAUAAUCAGGUGAUUGUAUGUAAUCAAUAUGGGAAGGUUAUAAAGUGUUUUGGUGGGAAAGAAUUACAGGAUCCAUGUGGAAUUGCUAUCAACCAUAAUAAUGGUAUUGUAUAUGUGGUUGAUAAUGAUGCACAUUGUAUAAGAUUAUAUGAAAACACAGGUUUUAAGUAUAUUAAGUCAGUUGGUAGUGAGGGUCAAGGGUCAUGUCAAUUUGACUAUCCAUAUUUUAUAGCUAUUAAUAGUAAGGGGUGUCUAAUAGUCUCAGAUGCAGGGAACAAUCGUAUUCAGGUUCUCACAUCUGAUGGUGUAUUUAUGUUUGCAUUCAGUGGCCGUCCAAAUGACAAGUUUGAUUGGCCCAAUGGAGUUACUACUGAUAAGAAUGAUAAUAUUUAUGUAUGUGAUUACAGCAACCAUAGAGUGCAGAUGUUUAACAGUAAAGGUGAAUUUAUAACCAAUAUUGCUAGUGGUAGUGAUGUAUUGUGUUACCCUACUGGUAUAGCAAUUACUGAUGAUGGUAAAGUUGUAGUCACUGAUUGCAGGCAUUGUGUUAAAAUCUUUACAUAA